AUGGAUAAUCGCAGUGAUUCUGAGGUUGAUUGGGAAAAUGAAGCAGAAGAAAUCUGGGAGGAAGAUAUAGAAUUCAAAUGCCUGUUUUGUAAAGAUGUUUUAACAUCCUUGAAUGACUUAUGGAACCAUUGUAAACAAGCACACAAUUUCGAUUUCAAAAGCGUAAAAAAGGAUUACCAUUUGGAGUUUUAUGACUGCAUAAAGCUUAUUAAUUACGUUCGAUCACAAGUAGCAAAAGGACAGCCGAUUGAUUUAAAAAAUUUAUCUACUGUACUUGCUUCUGAUGAAUAUAUGAUUUCGGUAUUACCUGACGAUGCUGUUUUGUUUUCAUUGGGAGAGACCUUGGAUUCGGAUUUUGAAGACGAUGUUCUUGACGUUGCUGUAGAUCACAAAAAAAGCGACUCAAAAGAAGAAGAGCUCAAGUCUCUAAGACUACAGGUAAAAUUGCUUACUACCCAAGUGGAAAAAAUCAGAAAAGAAAAACUGGAUGAACUUACUUCCCAAACUGCAAAUUCUUCAUUACAGGAACCUGGAAAAGUGAUAGACAAUGACUCUUAUUAUUUUGAGUCGUAUGCUGGAAACGAUAUCCAUUUUGUCAUGUUGAGUGACGGUGUAAGAACAGAAGGUUAUAGAGAUUUUAUCUACGAAAACAAAAAUUUGUUUCAUGGAAAAACAGUUUUGGACGUUGGGUGCGGAACAGGCAUUCUAUCCAUGUUUUGUGCUAAAGCCGGGGCUAAGCAGGUCUAUGCAGUAGAUAAUUCUGAUAUCAUUCAAAUGGCAAGAACUAACGCAUACGAAAACAAUUUGGCUGACAAAAUUACUUUUAUUCGAGGAAAGAUUGAGGAAAUACAAGUACCUGUUCCCAAGAUCGACAUUAUCGUGUCUGAAUGGAUGGGCUACGCCUUAACAUUUGAGAGCAUGAUUGAUUCAGUUCUUAUUGCUCGUGACCGAUUUUUGGCUGAAGAUGGUCUUAUGGCUCCUUCUGAAACGCGGUUGGUCUUGAGUGCAACCACCAACAGUGAGAUUUUAGAAGAGCCCCUCGAUUUCUGGAGUGAUGUCUACGGAUUUAAAAUGAACUGCAUGAAAGAUGCUUCUUAUAACCGAGUCAAUGUGGAUGUUAUUCCUGCUUCAUAUAUGAAUGCGAAACCCGUGGAAUUCGCUACCAUCAAUAUGCACACAUGCAGGGUAAAAGAUGUUAGUUUCAAACAACCUUUCUCUCUUACAAUGACAUCUUCUGGUCCUUUUUGCAGUUUUUUGAUUUGGUUUGAUACCUACUUUACUGCUUCAAAAGAUGAACCCGUCCCAUCAUCCGUGGAUAAGUCAUUUGGGUUUACGACAGGUCCCCAUCGUACGCCCACUCAUUGGAAACAGUGCACAUUAAUUUUACGUGAGCGACCUCAUGUUGAAGCUGGUAGUGUGGUUCAAGGAUCUAUAGCUUUUAUAAAGAAUUCCGCCAACAAUCGUGAUUUGGAUAUUGAAGUUUCUUAUCAUGUUAAUGGACAAGACUACACACAGUCCUUCAUUUUGAAUUAA